AUGAAGCAGUGGAAGCGGCUGACUGGGCUGGCGACGAAGGGCAGAGCGGGUGAUGCGCGCGCAGCGGAGCGGGCCUCGGGGACGCCGCCAGGCGCGCAGCAGGCGGGCGGAACGGGCAGGGCGAGGAGCAGCAGCGCGGGGGAGGGAAUGAGGGGCAUGGCGGUGACGCAGACGGACUCCAUGGAGGACGAGUUUCAACAGGGCUUGCAGGAGGUGGGGGAAAUGAGGGACAAGUACGAGCGACUGCUGGCAGCCGUGGCGGACGCACAGGAGAGAGCAGCAGAGUGUGCGGAGGCGCUGCACCAGCUGGCGGCGGUGGUGGCGGACGCCUUUGGCGGCGUGGAGGAGGGCGGCGCCGGGGACACGCUCCUGGCGGCAGCAGCUGUGGAUGGCCGCUUGGCUGAGCUGCUCUAUUUCUAUAGCCUGCACCUGCAGCAGACACUGGCGGAGCCGGCAGAGGCGCUGCUGGGGGAGAUGCAGCACGUGGUGGUGAGAUGCAGCACGUGGUGGAGGGCGCACGCGGCAGCGGCAGUGGCGGCCAAGGCGAGGCGCAGAGAGGCGGCUGCCAUGGGCGUGGGGGGGGGCGCAGGGGGGGAGGCAGAGGGGGCGGGGGGGCCGGAGGAGGAGGAGGCGGCGGCGCGGGAGGAGUUUGACGAGGUGGCGAUGACGCUGGGGUGCCGCAUCCUGGCGCUGCAGCAGCGCCAACCGCGCCUGCUGCUCACGCUCGCCCUCAAACACCACGCCGCCAAGGUGGGCCACCUGCACUGCACCACCUGUGGCGUGCGCUUGAGACCACACAGUGCGAGGGAGCUGCAGCACGUGCAGCCACACAUGGUGCACGUGCUGGACGACCUGGGCCUCGCCCACACGCCGCUGCUGGCACCCGUCGCCCAGGGGGACGUGGACGAGUGGGGCAACGAGGGGGGAGAGGAGGGGGUAGCAGGCAGUGUAGUGGGCGUGAGGCAGAUCUCCCUGGAUGCCUUCAACGUGCCACUGCCAUCACCUCAAGCUCCACAUCAAGGCCCCUCCUCUCCCCCCUCCCCCCACUACGCACACCACCCCACACCCGCACCCAUCACUGCCACCAUGCCUGCGGCCUCCCACGCGCCUGCGGCAGCCCCUCCUGCCACAAGCGCACAAGCACCGCCGGCCAGCGCCCCGCCCACGCCACCUGCGCCCUCCUCUGUGCUGCCGCCUGCCACCGUCAGGGCGAAUGUGCCUGGGGUAGUGCGGGGAGGGCCAGGGGGGAUUGGGCCAGGGGCGGGUGGGCUAGGCAGUGCCGUGAGUGGCAGUGCCGUGAGUGGCGGUGCAAGGAGCAUGCCUCGCAGUGGGGGGGAGAUGGCGGGCAUUCAAGCAGCGGGCGCGCCGCAGCAGCCACAGGUGCAUGGAGACUCGGCCACAGCACCAGCAGCAGCAGCAGCACUGUCUCAGGGCCGGCAUCGCAGCAGCAGCAGCACGGGGGCGCUGGGAGCAGCGCGGGCAGCCCUGGGGGCGUCCAAGUCGGGCCCCAUCUCUGCCGCCGCCUACCUGGGCGCUCUGGCUGCCUCUGCUGGCCCCCUGGGAGGGCCGCUCGCAGCCACAGCCGCCACAGGGGGGGGCAUGGGGGCAGCAGGCAGCAGAGGGGCGGCGUUGCCGAGGGGAGCAGGUGCAGGCACGGCGGGGCAGGGCAGAGCGCCGCACAUGGAGCCCUUUGCACCGCAGAUGUCGGGGCCUCUCCCCCGCCCCGAGUCCUUGCUGGCGCCCUCAGGCCCUGCAACUGCCACCCCACCCACACCGCCUGCACCUGCAGCAGCCGCACCUGCUGGCGCUGCCACUGCCGCUGCUGGCGGUCCCAAGCCCACCCCAGCUGGUGCCAAGCCUCCUCCUGGCGGCUCUGCGAUGCCAGGCCCAGUGCAGGGGGCUGCGGUGGGUGCUGGCGUGGGGGCAGGGCCAGGGCAAGGUGCAGCAGGUGGGUCAGCAGCAGCAGUGGGAUCAGCAGCAGCAGGUGGGUCAGCAGCAGCAGUGGGAUCAGCAGCAGCAGUGGGAUCAGCAGCAGCUGUGGGAUCAGCAGCCGGUAGGGGACGAGGAGGAGGGGGCAGGGGCAGCAAUGCAGGUCGGGCGCGAGUGAGCAUGUCAGGGCCCAUCCUGCGUGGCUCCUACCCCUACGGCACGCCUGCCCUCUCACCCCGACCCAUGCUCGCCACCGCCACCGCUCUCCCCACUGCGCCCUCUGCUGCUGGAAGCACCGCACCCAACUCUUCUGCACCCACCCCCUCAUUGCCCUCCCAGCCAGCACCACCAGCUUCAGCAGCAUCAGCGCCAACAAUGCCAACAGCACCCACAGCAGGAGCAGCAGGCAGAGCCCCGUCCGCUGUGCCUCCCAGCCUGCGCCUGCCACAGACGUCCUCUCUGAAGACUCCUGGCAGCAGCGUGCAUGCGUUGGUGUCCCCCCGUCCCUCCGCCGCUGCACCCGCACCAUUCCAUCUGGCCCCCUCGGCGCAUCUCCCCUCGAUGGGAGCGGGCAGCCGCGCAGUGAGUGGGCCCAUCAUGCGCGGGUCGCUGUACUCCGCGUUCGGGCUCGUGGGGGAUGCCCGCCCCGCCGCCUCCACUGCUGCUGCUGCUGUUGCUGCCGCUGCUGCUGGGCGAACAGCGGUGCUGGGAGCAGCAGGGAGCGCCGCUGGGGCGAGUGGAGCAGCAGCAGCAGGAGCAGGGCGUGGCAGUGGUGGCGGGGUGAGUGCGGUGCGGCUGCACAAGUCAGGCCCCAUCGGCCCGUCGCACCCCUACUACUCCUCUCUCGCCCCUCUCUCUCCUCCUCGCAACAUGCCCCUCCACGCCCUCCCGCCACCUCCCCUCGACAUCCCCCCCACUGCUGCUGCAACUGCUGCCGCUACUGCAGGAGGCAUCGAAGGUGCAGAGGGUGGCGGUGCUGGUGGUGGGGAUGGGGCAGGCAAGGGGAGUGGGGACGGCAGAGCUGUGGGCAGUGGCAACGCUGUUGCUGCUGGCUGUGGCAGCACAGGAGUGGCAGGUGGGCAGGGGCAGGCGUCCCCUGCUGCCACCUCCGCCGCCCAGCAGCACCACGGCCGCCCGCCACCAUCAGGUGCCGCAGCAGCAGAGCCUUCUAGUCGGGUGUGGCAGGGUGCAGGGGGAGGGGUGGGGGGAGGGGGGGCGGCUGCACGGGCACGGGUGAGGGGGGCAUCGCGCAACCCAUCGGUGGCAACAAUCAUGUCGGAGGGCAGUGAGGAGGGCGGAUCAAGCAGCAGCAGCAUUGCCACCUCGCCUGCUUCUUGCCCUGUGCCACUCCCCGUGGUGACCACAAAGAUGGGAGUGUAG